AUGGAUAUACACACUGAUAUUGUUGAGCCUGUGACGCCUAGUUUAUCUUACGAUAACAUAAGCUAUUGGAAGACUGAAGAUAGUGGUUAUCAUACUCUAGGAUCUUUAGAAAACUCUGACAUUUCGGGUGACAAUUUCAAGCAUGCAAUUUUUAAUGGUCAAAUAAGUAUUACGGGUCAAUUUCAAGUCGAUUGCUUUGAUUUGUCAAAGGAAGUUAGUGUAAGUCCCAGAUUGAAGUAUAGCACCGGUUUUACAAAAACAAAUGAAAGUUACAUUGAUUCACCACAAAAUCGCAGAGGCAUUAAAAGAGUGUAUCAACAGGAACAAGAAAAUUCCGAUGUGAGCUAUAGCUCUGUGCCAACCCCAACCAGCAUAAUAGCUGGAGGGUUACGCAAGCUGAGAUGCACUGAAAACAAUAAAUUUAAUGUUAGCUGUUCUCCUGUAAGUUUAAGCCAUAAAAACUUUUUAGAACCAGAGCUAUGCUCAUUUAAUAAUCAUUUACACGUCUCCUAUCCAACCACACCAGUUAAAAAAAAUUGUAGGAAUGGUUGUAAACUAAGAAGUCCUUUAAACUCAAGAAGACAGUUUAAGUUUUGGAAAGAUAGAGAUAAUUUUGAAAUCCAUUCACUUUCUUGUGAAACACAAGUAUUGCAACCCAGAGCAAAGCCUGCCAAGCCAAAUGAAAACAAUGUGUUUAAAUAUAAACCAAAUCAGAAGAUUGAUAUAAUUAAGAUGUUAUAUUUGGAUGCAUGUGCAAUGCCUCCAAUAAUGAAGAUAUUUAAUUAUUUGUCACAUGAAGAUAUUUAUAAUUUUACCCUUGUGAGUCAAGUUUGGCAAAGAGUAUGGGAAGACGUGAGCAAGGUAAAAACAAAAAAACAGGAAUAUGUGCGCUUCCUAAAGAAUGCUAGAGAAAACCAGGAAAAUAAAAUGUCCACACCUAAGAAUAAUUGUAUAAAACAGAUUAGGCCAUUGAUGGAGAUUCAUAAUAUUCAAAGUAAUUACCACCAAGUAUGUACUCAAAACAGUCCACCAGGGUCACCCAGUACUAUUAAAUUCAGGAGAUAUACGAAGGCCGCUGCACUAGAUUCACGUAAACAGUUACCAUGCAUCAAGUGCCAUCAACCGGCCAAAGUUACAGAAGAAAUCUCAGGAGAAGAAUGGGUUGAAUGUACCAAUAAGAACUGUUUUUACCAGUUUUGUAGGCUUUGUAAAGGCGAGAGACAUUCAGGUAAGAAAUGUUUCCAGUAUGAUCUGGAUGCACCGAGUCCAUCAAAAAGACAAAAGAACUCGUGUGCAAUAGGUACAAAAAAGAGCAGAAGAAACUUGAGAAGACUCUUGUGA